UCAUCUUGACGGGUCCGUGGCUUGCCCUAUAUUACUAUAGUUUUUGCUCAGAUCUUAUUAACAGACUCAUAACAAAACCAGCGCAAAUGGCCCAGAGAUACCAUGUCUUUUCGCUCCCUCCCGAAUUACUGGAGACCCUUACACCUCGGAAUCUAAUCAGUCGACCACCACCCCCGGAAGCCUCGACUCUCGUACAAACAACUCCUCCAGUAUCAGACAAUGCGAGAGCGUGCAACAUUUGUCUCGGAGCGACCUUUGCAGACGUAACUGAGCAACGAACUCAUUUUCGAUCCGAUUGGCAUCGAUACAAUGUAAAGAUUCGCCUGAGGGGCGGCAGCCCUGUGACGGAGCCAGCCUUCGCACAGCUUGUUGACGGACUUGAAGAUUCCAUUUCAGGGUCUGCAUCAUCUGACGAGAGUUCUGAUGAUUCUGAUGCAGUCAAGGCCCUCGUCAGCAAAAUCAAGCGAACAUCGAGAUCGCCUUCGCCCAGUGAGGAGCGUAAAACACCACUUACAGCGGUUUCUUGGUUCCAUUCGCCUCCAUCCACUCAAAUCGGGGUGUACAGGAUGCUAUUUCCAAUAGAUACCCCUCCUCCGUUGUACUUGGCGGAGCUGAAGAGCAUUCAAGAACGUGUGAAAGGUGGACGCAAGUGGGCUAUGUUUAUGGUUGCCGGAGGUCACUUCGCAGGUGCAAUAGUAGAAGUCAGUAGACCUGCAGAAAACCAGGAUUCCACUGUCUCUGCAAAGUCGAAGAAGAAACCGCCAAAACCCAAGCCAGAGACAUCAAUUUUGAAACACAAGACAUUUCACCGAUACACUACUCGCCGUAAACAGGGUGGUUCGCAAUCGGUAAAUGACAAUUCCAAGGGUGCUGCCAUUAGUGCAGGUGCCAUGCUUCGUCGUUAUGGCGAGCAAGCUCUCCGAGAUGAUAUUCGCAACCUUCUUUUUGACUGGGCUGAUGACAUUCAGGACUGCGAAAGAAUUUGGUUACGUGCGAGUGUCUCUAACAGGCGGAUCUUCCUCGACUACGAAAAUUGCGUCAUCAACAAAGGAGACGAUCGUUUGAGGACCUUCCCUUUUCCAACGCGCCGACCCACUCAAUCUGAGCUUGUGCGAUGUCUUCUGGAGCUUACCCAAGUGAAGACAUCACACCUUACAGAGGAAGCGCUUCUAGCGCAGGACGAAGCGUUCCUCGCUUCCUUGCCCAAGCCUAAAACUACACCUUUCACUGCGCCCACCGCGGCGCCUGAAAAGGCAAAACCACAACGAUUGACUAAAGAGGAGGAAGCCUACCGCGAGAAGUGGUCUCGGUUACUAGAUAUGAUCAGCAAAGGUCGUUCAGAGCCUCUCAGAUCCUUCUGGGAGCGUGAAGGCGCUUCCCUUGGUGGCGUCGAUGCCCCCAUACCAGAAUGGACAGGGGAUAGGCGCGCAUCGUUGCUCCAGGUCGCUGUGCAAUCAGGCCACGAAGACGUUACACGCUUGCUGCUGUAUGAUUUGCACGCCGAUCCAACCAUUAUCGUUCCGUCUUCAGGCGUACAUCAGGAAGACAAAGCUGCCAAUGAAUCUGAUGCAUCGGACGCGCCUCCUCUACAAGGUGCAGGUUCGCGCCGUACUGCCUAUGACUUGGCCCGUACAAGAGCAGUCCGUGACAUCUUUCGCCAGUGUGCGGGGGAUCACCCUGACUGGUGGGACUGGUUUGGAGCGGCACGUGUUCCGAGCACCUUCAAUAAGGAAAAGGAAGAUGCGAGGGAUGAGAAGAAGAAACAAAGGAAGAAAGGCCUGAAAGAGAAAAUGCGGGAACGGGAAGCCAGAGAGAGAGAGCGGGAAGGUAAACAGUUUGACAUGGAUAAUGAACAGGUGGGGACAAAGUCAGAGUCUCGCUCUCAAGACCCUACGGCUCCCCGAAAGCUCGGAGGUUCGUCCGGCGCAGCCGAUAGCGUCCUUGGUUUAACUGUUGAGUUGAGAGCAAAGGUGGAGCGGGAACGAAGAGCCCGAGCGGCUGAAGCACGGUUGAAAACUCUCACCGGAGCACGACAGUAGAUGUAGUUGAUAAUUAAUUUUAUCAGCUAUGAAAAAUAAAAUGAAUGAGAAUGACUCGUAGUAUUUGGGCCACAUCUAGGAUCCCUGCCCUGGCC